AUAAACAACGUUAUUAUGACCAGUAUUUGCUCAAAGUGCACCACAUCUCACUAUGAGACUACCGGUCAAGUCUUCUGCCUUGCUUGCUAUUGGCUUUUCGCUUGUGGCGGCAGCCUCAACAUCACUUUCAGUUGACUCUCAGGCUUCCGUUGUGGUUAUUCCUUCUACCGUCCGCAAUGGCCUUACCGAAGCUCAAUUUAUCUCAUCUACCCAUGGUUUAGACGGACCUAAGCUGUCUAAUAUCAAUUCCACUGCAUUCGGAGAGGUCUGGUACUUUGACGCCGUCUCUGAAGAUGGAAAAUACUCCGUUGUUGCUUUUUUCUGGGCAUCCCCCUCCCCCAGUCUGACGGCCCAGCUACAGAAUGAAAAGAUUCUUUCCGCACAGGUGAUUGUCCGUGAGGACGAUGAUAUCUAUUCUGCCAAUAGUGUUUUCGCCGAAACAGCAGAAAUAUUCACCAGCGCCAAAGGGACGAGCGGUCUGUGGAUAGGGACAGGUUGCAGUUUUUCUGGAUCCCAAAGUCUAUCUACCUACUCAGUCAACUUCUCAUCUCCCUUUGAAAUCACCGGAUCUAUCAUCUUGGAAUCAGUUGCUCCUGCUCAUUAUAAGUGCUCGCCUGCCGAAGCUGGUGUCGAUACGCAAAUCCUACCCAACUUUGGCUGGGUUAAUGCUGUCCCAGACGCUCAAACAACCGUGGACUUGAAAAUCAAUGCUAAAAACAUCAAGUUCAAAGGCAUUGGAUAUCAUGACCUGACUUGGAGCAAUGCUCCCUUCUUCAGUAAAGCGAAAGGCUCACUAUUUACAGAAUACCAAUGGGCGCAUGGGAGGAUUGGGCCAUACUCAAUCGUUUGGUUGGUAAUCACAGGAUCCGAUGGUACCGACUUGACCAGCGGCUAUGUCUCGAGGGAUGGGAAGGUUCUCGGCACACCUUGCUCAAAUGUGUCGGUCAUUCCUCAGUUCAAUACAUCCACCAGGCAGAUACGGAGAUUCUUCGCCCAAAUAGACUUGGGACACGAAGGAACCUUAUAUGCACAGCUUGAUGUCGGAGGGAUUCUGAUUAAUGAUGCUGGCUUCGUAGCAGGCUCUGGAGAGCUCAGUGGUGGUUUAAGUGGCGAAACUUUCCGACACGCAGGAGUUGCCUCUUUCGAAUAUUACAAGUCUGUUCAAUUGCCAGAGAUGCUCUCAGGUCCUCAUAUUAUGCAUUAGAAAUUGCAGAUACAGAUACAUAUUGUGCGUCAAAUUCUUCGUACUACCUACUAUAACUUUUCCUUCCGUUAUUUUCGAAACUGAACAAUCAAAAUGUGCUUCAAAGAAAGCGAACGAAACUGAAUCAUUCCAAGAGCACAGGAAGGUAAGACGCAUUAUUUAUACGAUAUAUAGGUAGAGUGCGGU